AUGGCGUCUCUACCCUGUAUCAUUUUCUUUGCCUUCCUCUCUUUGUUGAUUUCGACUUCCCAAUCAUUGCUAAAUGAACAACCAGAGACAUUCAUUGUGCAUGUGGCUGCGUUAGAUAAACCUUCCGUGUUUGCUUCACACCAUGAUUGGUAUCACUCAGCUCUCGAGUCGCUUCCUCCUUCAUCUCAUCCUAGAGAUAUCUUAUAUACCUACACCAACGCCAUGAAUGGUUUUGCAGCACGCUUAACACCUUCUCAAGCUUCACAUCUACGUCCGGUACCUAAGAGACGGAAAGGUAUUUGCGAGGUUGGCCCUGAUUUUCCGAAGACAUCCUGCAACGGGAAGAUAAUCGGUGCGCGGGCUUUUUAUCAGGGUCAUAAAGCUUUGGUUGCAAACAAAGGUGGUUUGAGCGCAGACGUUAUGUCUCCAAGAGAUAAUGUUGGACAUGGUUCACAUGUUGCGUCAAUUGCAGCUGGAUCUGUUGUUAAAAAUGCUAGAUUCUAUGAAUAUGCAGUCGGAAAAGCUCAAGGGAUGAUUCAGAUACUCAAACCAGAUGUUAUUGCACCCGGUAUAAACAUUUUGGCUGCUUGGACGGGAGCUACCUGUCCAACCCAUUCUGACACCGAUAAGAGAAGGGUCGAAUUCAAUGUAGAAUCUGGUACUUCCAUGGCAUGUCCUCACGUCAGUGGAUUGGCUGCAAUGGUUCUUAAGGCUCAUCCUAAAUGGAGCCCUGCUGCAAUCAGGUCUGCUUUAAUGACUACUGCAUACAAUGUAGACAAUUCAGGAUUAUCGGAUCCCGGUGAUCUGAACUACCCAUCAUUUAUUUCUAUUUUCAAAUCCAACAGUGACACUAUUAAGUACAAGAGAACAUUGAAGAAUGUUGGGGUUUUAGGAAAACCAUAUCAAGUUAGGAUUAAUGCUCCAGCAUCAGUUAAGGUCAGUGUUACGCCUAAUAAGCUUGUAUUUAGCUCGGUAAGGCGGAGUUUGUCUUAUGAAAUCACAUUUUCAAGCAUGAUUCCGGAAGGAACAGCGUCCCCUCAAGCCGAUUCUCGGAUCGAAUCCGGGUCAAUUGAAUGGUAUGACGGAACACACGUCGUGAGAAGUCCGAUCGUUUUUGGGUGGCUUGAUGCUGGUCCUCCCACCGCUUUAAUUUCUUCUGCUUGA